GGUAAAUACCUAAAUAUUUUAGAUCUCUCACCAGUUCAUCACCAGCUGCUGUUACUAGCUUAGGUAGAGCUUCAUGACAACCUCUCCUUCGUUCAACUAAGGCUUAAUUAAUUAAUAUUAUAAAAACUCCAAGUCGUCUAAGUCUAACAUUAUGGCGGACCUCAACCUCCAAGAGAUCCGCGACACGCUGAUAUCGGUGGCCCACGAGGCCGGCCGGAUGAUAUUGUCUGCGAACCCUCAAGAUAUAGAUACGGGAACCAAGUUAAAUUCUGCCGAUAUAGUUACCGAGACCGACAAAGCAGUCGAAGCCCUCGUCUCUUCCCGACUUUCCAAAGCUUAUCCUUCAUUCGCCUUCAUCGGCGAAGAGACGUAUAAGCCGGGAAUGCAAGUUACGGCCGCCCCGACCUUCAUCGUGGACCCGAUCGACGGCACCCUCAACUUCGUGCACAACUUCCCCGAGGCCUGCAUCUCGUUGGGCUUCGCAGUCGACAAGAUCCCCACCGUCGGCGUCGUAUAUAACCCCUACCAAGACAAGCUAUAUUCCGCCAUCCGCGGGCAGGGCGCGUACUUAACGCAAGGCGCCGUCUGGGGGCUCGAGGGCGGCAAGGGACGCAAAUACAAACUGCCGCUAGCCAAGAACCCGCCGCCCUUAAAGGAGCUAUACACGUGCAUGCUGGCAACCGAAUGGGGCAACAGCCGCGACGGCGUCAAUUUCGAGGUCAAGACCGAAGUGUUCAAGAAGCUGUGCGCGAGCAAAGAAGCCGGCGGCGCCAUGGUGCAAUCUAUAAGGAGCAUGGGCAGCGCGGCGCUGAACCUGUGCGCCGUAGCUGCGGGCCAGCUUGACGGGUACUGGGAGGGAGGCUGCUGGGCGUGGGACGUGUGCGCGGGAUGGGCGAUACUCGCCGAGGCCGGGGGGAUCAUGGUCGGCGGCAACCCGGGGGUGUGGGAGCCCAAGAUCGACGAGCGCAAGUACUUCGCGGUGCGCGGCGCGCCCAGCGGUCAGAAGGAGCUCGUGGAGGAGUUCUGGAACGUGAUCGGGGACAGGAAGAUGGAGUACGAGAGUUAAGAAGGGUUAGGUCAGGUAAGGCAUCUGGUAUGCGAGAUUUAAGGCGGUUUUAUCGAAGGGCUACGAAUUGACGAUGAUGGAAAACGAAAAUCUUAUUGGAACGACAUAUUAUCCAAAGAACGUGGUUCGACCGGAUUAGACAAAGGAGAAGAUGGGAGGGAUAGAGAUAUUCCACUAAUACACCACACUUACGGUUACCCAU